AUGAACGAAAACUUAUUUGCCUCUUUCAUUACCCCCACAAUAAUAGGACUCCCUGUAGUCAUUUUAAUUAUUAUAUUUCCUUCAAUCCUAUUUACCCCAUCAAACCGCCUAAUUAACAAUCGCCUCUAUACUUUUCAACAAUGAGCAAUCAAAUUAAUUACAAAGCAAAUAAUAUUAAUUCAUUCCCCAAAAGGACAAACCUGAUCUCUAAUAAUUAUCUCACUAAUCACAUUUAUUGGCUCCACAAACCUUCUAGGACUUCUACCACACACAUUUACUCCAACCACCCAGCUAUCCAUAAACUUAGCUAUAGCUAUCCCUCUUUGAAUAGGGGCAGUACUAAUUGGGUUUCGACAUAAACUAAAAGCCUCAUUAGCCCACUUUCUACCUCAAGGAACACCUAUUCCACUAAUUCCUAUACUUAUUAUUAUUGAAACUAUUAGCCUUUUUAUUCAACCUAUAGCUCUAGCCGUCCGACUAACAGCCAAUAUUACUGCAGGUCACCUACUUAUACACCUCGUUGGUGGGGCCACCCUAGCACUAACAAGUAUUAGCCCACCCACUGCCUCAAUCACCUUUAUUAUCCUAAUCCUACUCACAGUACUUGAAAUUGCUGUAGCCUUAAUUCAAGCCUAUGUGUUCACCCUCCUAGUCAGCCUCUACUUACACGACAACACCUAA